AUGAAUGCUCUACAGCCUUUCUGGUCUACGUUGGACACGCAUUAUACAUUGAAACAGUCCCUGUACCUAACUUUGUGGAAGCUAUGCAACAACCGAAUUACAUAUCGACAGCUCUCUGAUCGAUUCAACGUUGGAAAGGGGACAGCUCACAAACUUUUUUUCAAAACCAUUAAAGCAGUAUGGCGCCUUAGAAAUGAAAUUUGUUGGCCUACGGUUACCGAACAGCAGGACGUUAUGGAAAGAUUCCAGGCGAAAAGACCAAACUCGUUCCCCUUUGUUGUUGGAUGUGUGGAUGGAAUCCACUUCAUAAUAAAUUCCCCGAAAAACGACGCAAUCAGCUACUACGAUCGCAAGGGACACUUCAAUAAUAAUGCAGGCUAUAUGCGAUAGCAAUCUUCGAUUUUUGGAUGUCUUCAUUGGCUAUCCUGGAAGUUGCCACGACGCCAACGUUUGGAAAAAUAGCCCAAUUUAUCAAAAGAUCACGUCGGGCGAAGUUCAGCUUGCUAGCGGGGCCAUAAUAUUAGCAGAUUCCGCUUAUCCGCUAACAAAAUAUUUAAUGGUCCCAUAUAGGGAUAAUGGGCAUCUUUCUACGGAAGAGAAAAGAUUUAACUACUACCUUAGUUCCACACGAGUAUUAAUAGAGCAGGCUUUCGGCGUUUUGAGACAAAAAUUUAGAAUAUUAAAUCACAUCGAUGUAUCAUCUAUAAAGGAUGCUUCAAAAAUUGUAAUGGCCUGUACUAUACUACACAAUUUUAUAAUAGAGCAUGAAGGCGGUCUAGGUUCAAUGGAUUCUUUGGAAAACAACUUAGAACAAAAUAUAUCUGACAAUGCUGGCGCAAUAGAAGUUAUCGAAAACAUUAACGAGAAUAGGGAAGGAAUUAUAAGAAGAAACGAAAUAAAAAU